AUGUCCAAGGUCGAUAUGUUGAAGCUUUAUGGCUUUUGUCCCAUUGUCCAUUCCUUCAAGGAGGCUCCUGCUGUCGAUAGCGGCAAGAGGCGACCCUGGUGCAUGAGCAUUCGGGCUCAUCAUGUCUUAGGUGCGAUCAUCGGAAUCUGUGGCUUCGCCUUGAUGAUCUCGCUGUCCCCUCAGGGCGACUCCUUCACGUGGGUCACGUAUUACUUUGCAAACAAGCCGGCAUUGGUCGGCGAGCGAUGCUCGCAGACCACUUCUGAGGGGACCCCGCUGAGUCCAUGGUGCAUUGCAGAGACUGAGGUAACACUCACCCGCUGGACCUUGCCUCCGAAUCACGGCCUUCCGGACAACACACUGGUCUGGUUGUGCUUGAUCCUCAAGGCGGUGAUUUUUUGCAUGUUGGGCGGUCUCUUCGGCAUCACGGUGUUCAACACGGUAGAGGGCUUGCGCUGGGCUCAGCGCCCCAUGAAGAUCCUGGACUUCAUCCUGAUGCGCUGGAUCCACAAACGGCAGUUCUCCACUGCGCAGUUACAGGCCUGGAGUAUGGCCCGAGCUUCAGUUCUCCACAACGAUGUGCGCUUCCUGUUUGUUGGACCGCUUCGAGCAAGUGGUCAUGUCCUUGCUGAUCCGUUGCGUGGUCCUUACCACCGAUGCUACGCCCAACGGAAUCAUCUGAAGACCCUGGUAGAGAUGAAGGAGGCCUCGUUGCUCGAAGCAGUUGGCCCUGACCUGGAUUACGUCCGGUCCUUCCUUGAUGUGAUGGUGAAGAGGCUCUCUUCAGGAGACCAAGAUGUUCUGCAUGCCCUUGAAUCCUGUGCUGCAGAAGACCUUGCUGGCCAACUUCUUCACCUCCGUUCUUGCAGUCGCCGGAAAGAUCUUGUUUGA